CCUCUGCCACUGCGGGGAGACCUAGGCGGCUCUGCGGACGCAGCUCCUUCGCCGCCUUCCCCCUCCCGCCCAGUGCCCAGGCGGCUCCUGGUGGCGACGCUGCCCUGGGUGGGAGGCGCGGCCCCACGGCAGCUGAGUCCUCGGCGCUGCAGAGCCAGCUCUCCCGCCCUCGCGGCGCCGCGACAGGUGCAGGGUCCGCGCCCGAGACCCACCUGCAGGGGCUGUCGAGAUGCCCACCAUGCGGAGGACAGUGUCGGAGAUCCGCUCUCGCGCGGAAGGUUAUGAGAAGACAGAUGAUGUUUCAGAGAAGACCUCGCUGGCUGAUCAGGAGGAAGUGAGAACCAUAUUUAUCAACCAGCCUCAGCUGACAAAAUUCUGCAACAACCACGUCAGUACUGCAAAAUACAACGUGAUCACAUUCCUUCCGAGAUUCCUCUAUUCUCAGUUCAGAAGAGCGGCCAAUUCGUUCUUUCUCUUUAUUGCCCUGCUCCAGCAAAUUCCUGAUGUGUCGCCGACGGGUCGUUACACAACACUGGUUCCUCUCUUAUUUAUUUUAGCUGUGGCAGCUAUCAAAGAGAUAAUAGAAGAUAUUAAACGGCACAAAGCUGAUAAUGCUGUGAACAAGAAACAGACACAAGUUUUGAGAAAUGGUGCUUGGGAAAUUGUUCACUGGGAAAAGGUAAAUGUUGGAGAUAUAGUUAUAAUAAAAGGCAAAGAGUAUAUACCUGCUGACACUGUCCUUCUCUCGUCAAGUGAGCCCCAGGCCAUGUGCUACAUCGAAACGUCCAACUUAGAUGGUGAAACAAACUUGAAAAUUAGACAAGGCUUACCAGCAACAUCGGAUAUCAAAGACAUUGACAGUUUGAUGAGAAUUUCUGGCAGAAUCGAGUGUGAAAGCCCAAAUCGACAUCUCUACGAUUUUGUUGGGAACAUAAGGCUUGACGGACAUGGCACUGUUCCCCUGGGAGCAGACCAGAUCCUUCUUCGAGGUGCUCAGUUAAGAAAUACCCAAUGGGUUCAUGGGAUAGUUGUCUACACCGGACAUGACACCAAGCUGAUGCAGAAUUCCACAAGCCCACCACUUAAGCUCUCCAAUGUGGAACGGAUCACAAAUGUACAAAUUCUGAUUUUAUUCUGCAUCUUAAUUGCCAUGUCUCUUGUGUGUUCUGUGGGCUCGGCCAUUUGGAACCGAAGGCAUUCUGGGAAAGACUGGUACCUCCAUCUACACUAUGGUGGCGCUAGCAAUUUUGGACUGAACUUCCUGACUUUCAUUAUCCUUUUCAACAACCUCAUUCCCAUCAGCUUGCUGGUUACAUUAGAAGUGGUGAAGUUUACCCAGGCAUACUUCAUAAAUUGGGAUCUUGACAUGCAUUAUGAGCCCACGGACACUGCAGCAAUGGCUCGGACAUCUAAUCUGAAUGAGGAACUUGGCCAGGUUAAAUACAUAUUUUCUGACAAAACUGGGACCCUGACAUGCAAUGUGAUGCAGUUCAAGAAGUGCACCAUCGCGGGCGUGGCCUAUGGGCAGAGCUCACAGUUUGGAGAUGAAAAAACCUUUAAUGAUCCGUCGUUGCUGGAAAAUCUCCAGAAUAACCACCCAACCGCACCUGUCAUCUGUGAAUUUCUCACAAUGAUGGCCGUCUGCCACACAGCUGUACCAGAGAGAGAAGGGGAGAAGAUCACUUAUCAGGCAGCAUCACCAGAUGAGGGAGCACUAGUCAGAGCCGCCAAGCAGUUGAAUUUUGUUUUCACUGGAAGAACUCCUGACUCCGUCAUCAUAGAUUCACUGGGGCAGGAAGAAAGAUAUGAAUUGCUCAAUGUCCUAGAGUUCACCAGCGCUAGGAAAAGGAUGUCAGUGGUGGUUCGCACUCCAUCCGGGAAGUUACGGCUUUACUGCAAAGGAGCUGACACAGUAAUUUAUGAACGACUUGCAGAGACUUCAAAGUACAAAGAAAUCACCCUAAAACACUUGGAACAAUUCGCUACAGAAGGGCUGAGGACUUUGUGUUUUGCUGUGGCUGAGAUCUCUGAGAGCGACUUCGAGGAGUGGCGGACCGUCUACCAGCGAGCGUCCACAUCGGUGCAGAACAGGCUGCUGAAACUGGAGGAGAGCUACGAGCUGAUCGAAAAGAAUCUUCAGCUCCUUGGAGCUACAGCCAUUGAGGAUAAACUGCAGGACCAAGUACCUGAAACCAUAGAGACGUUAAUGAAGGCUGACAUCAAAAUAUGGAUCCUUACUGGGGACAAGCAAGAAACUGCCAUUAAUAUUGGACACUCCUGUAGACUUCUGAAGAGGAAUAUGGGAAUGAUCGUUAUAAAUGAAGGCUCUCUUGACGGCACGAGGGAAACUCUCAGUCGCCACUGCACCACCCUCGGAGAUGCUCUUCGGAAGGAAAACGAUUUUGCUCUUAUAAUUGAUGGGAAGACCCUCAAAUAUGCCUUAACCUUUGGAGUCCGGCAAUAUUUCCUGGACUUAGCUCUGUCCUGCAAAGCUGUCAUUUGCUGCAGGGUUUCUCCACUUCAGAAGUCUGAGGUUGUUGAGAUGGUUAAGAAACAAGUCAAAGUCAUCACGCUUGCCAUCGGAGACGGAGCAAAUGACGUCAGCAUGAUACAGACGGCCCACGUGGGCGUUGGGAUAAGCGGCAAUGAAGGCUUGCAGGCAGCCAACUCUUCAGAUUACUCCAUCGCUCAGUUCAAAUAUUUGAAGAAUCUGUUGAUGGUUCACGGUGCCUGGAAUUACAAUAGAGUCUCCAAGUGUAUCCUGUACUGCUUCUACAAGAACAUCGUACUGUACAUCAUCGAGAUCUGGUUUGCCUUUGUCAACGGCUUUUCUGGACAGAUCCUCUUUGAAAGAUGGUGUAUAGGGCUUUAUAAUGUGAUGUUUACAGCGAUGCCUCCCCUGACGCUUGGAAUAUUUGAGAGAUCGUGCAGAAAGGAAAACAUGUUAAAGUAUCCUGAGUUGUACAAGACGUCUCAGAAUGCUCUGGACUUCAACACCAAGGUUUUCUGGGUUCAUUGUUUGAAUGGCCUCUUCCACUCAGUUAUUCUGUUUUGGUUCCCACUGAAAGCCCUUCAGUAUGGCACGGUAUUUGGAAAUGGGAAAACCUCAGAUUACCUGCUUCUGGGAAACUUUGUUUAUACUUUUGUAGUCAUAACUGUGUGCUUGAAAGCCGGACUGGAGACCUCCUAUUGGACAUGGUUUAGCCACAUCGCCAUCUGGGGCAGCAUCGCGCUCUGGGUGGUGUUCUUCGGGAUCUAUUCCUCUCUGUGGCCUGCGGUUCCCAUGGCCCCGGACAUGUCUGGAGAGGCAGCCAUGCUGUUCGGCUCUGGAGUCUUCUGGGCAGGCUUGCUCUCCGUCCCCGUGGCGUCCUUGCUCCUGGAUGUGCUGUACAAAGUCAUCAAGAGGACGGCCUUUAAAACAUUAGUGGAUGAAGUUCAGGAACUCGAGGCGAAAUCUCAAGACCCAGGCGCAGUCGUGCUUGGGAAAAGCCUCACGGAGAGGGCACAGCUGCUCAAGAAUGUCUUUAAGAAGAACCACGUGAAUCUGUACCGCUCUGAGUCCUUACAACAGAACCUGCUCCACGGCUACGCUUUCUCUCAAGAUGAAAAUGGCAUCGUCUCACAGUCUGAAGUGAUUCGAGCCUACGAUACCACGAAGCAGAGGCCUGAUGAGUGGUGAUUGACAGGACUGAGUCACCGGGUCCCCCCUGCUGUGUCUCUGAGGAGAGCUGUCACAGUCUAAGGUCAUCACUGCAACCUGCUGACCAAUUCCAGUCUGGUCCAUGGGGAGGAAAAGUGGAUCUGAGCUCAUCUCACAGAUGAAUUUCAAGGACAUAGCGCUAUGUGGCUACUGUAACACCAUUGUCCUUGGAUGCCCGCACAUACCUGCUAAGGCUUUGUAAACUGAUAUUGGAAAUCACCUUGUACCUUGCCAGAGUGCUUUCUCAAAACUGGGACAGGUCAGUGUUCAAAAGCCGUCCCUCUGGGGCUGUAACUAUCGUUCAUUGGCUCAACCAUCAGUCAAUCAACCAUUUAAAAGAAACAUUUAACAACAACUCAGAAGUAAUGUGAAGGGAAGGACUCUUGAUAUCCAGACUUAGAGUUCAGGAUAUGCUGAAAUAAGCCAGCUCACUCUACUGAGCACUCCUAAACAAGGCAUUCAUACGUGUUUGUGUCAAAGAGUGUCUUGCUAAAUGUUUGCCAAAGACGUUCAGUGUGUGCAUUUCUCAUUCAGUAGUCAUCUGCCCAGAAAUCUAAAAGAAAGUUCAUUCAUGAUGCCUCUGUAUGACCUGCAUGUUUGACAUGAGCUCGACUUCAAAUUUUGAGCAUUUCCAGGCGUUUGCUACUCAAAUCUGUGAUGUCGCACCUUCAGCCUUACAACUGCUUCUCUGUCCUUUGUCUUCUUUAUUGGUUCCAGUCAGAGGUCCAUGUGUGUCCGUGUGACCACUGUUACUGCGCUGACCUUUUUUUAUUUUUUAAUUGUACUGUCUGUGAUUUCUGAUGAACUUUAGACUCCUUUAGAUGUUCCUUUAAAAAAAAUAAGAAUCUGGCUUCUGCUGUAUAUCGAGUGACACUGCCGCUCCGUCUUCAGUUUUUCCCCUCCUAAGAAAAUUCCCCUUCCAUAUUUAUGUGGGAUUUCCAAAGACCUUUGGGGUAAUCCGUGAGAUGAUGCAUGGGCUUUUUGUCAUGUACAUAGGCUCAGCUUUUGUCCUCUGCUGUUUGUUCUGCACUGUGCAUUCCCAAUGGAGAUGAGACAUGUAGCACAGUUGGUCUUGUGGAGACUACCGGUACGCUUAAGCCUGAAAAUUAUUUCACAUUUCACUCGCCCAACAACUCCCAAAAUGGGUCACGUAAUGCUUAUCGACACGAGACAGAUAAGCAGUACAUUUCCCUCAUUUUAAGGAAAUACCUAUUCUGCUCGAGCCUAACACCUUACAGUCAAUGAAUACUUCUCAUCACGAUACAUUUUCAAACAUGCGUUCACUCUGAUUAGUUUGGCAUCUCCAUGAAAUCUCCUGGGGGCGGGGGUGGGGGGGAAUGCCUAUUUUGCUACCAACAGUAAAUGCUGAAGGGGCUGUUUAAAAACCACACCCAGUUUUCUACAGUUUUUAUGAUAUGUUUUUCAUCUUAAAAGAUAAAAAUAAAAAGGGAGUUCUAGUUUUCAGAUACACUUUGGAGAUUGAAACAAACUCUUUUGCCUUCUAUUCAAAAGCCAGUUUGCCUUUAUGUGGAUAACCAGCAAAUCAGACCUUUAAAUGUGUCCAAGGACUAGCUUUGAGAAGGGUUUUUUUUUUUCUCCGUAUUACCCCAUUGAAUCGUUUCAGUGUCCCCCCUCCCUCUUUUUCUUGGUCUGAAUUUAAAAUUAGACUGUGUGUCUCUUCCUUCUCCAAAUCUAUAGCUAGUUACCACUGUGUCUACAAAUUGCCUGCAAAUAAGAGGUUCUAAAAACUUAUGUAAUUCUAAAGGGAGCAGAGUGGACAUACUUCACAUCUCAAACGAUCCCGUUUGGAGCUUAGAUCAGCCGACACAAGAAUCAAAACUUCUAGCAGAACCACACACACACAGAAUCUUAAGCUAAUCUUCCAGACCGUGAGGCUGUAGACUUAGCUGUCCACAAGCUAAAUCUGGUGAGUGGGUUCUCCAGGAGGCUUCCUGGGGGUGACAUUUGACGUCUUACCCCCAAAAUGACUGGUUACCCAAGAAAGGCUUGCUUUGCUGUGCCCCAGCUGUCAGAGGUAUCUGUCUCCAGAUUCCUCACAUCAGAACAUUGUACGUGAGAAUGGAAUCUUCUGACCUCUGCAUGGAAAUCUAAAGUCAUCUUUGUUAUCUUGAAUCAUGAAUUAUUUUGAUGGAACCCUUCCACAUGAGCAUACUCAUGGUUAAUCAGUAUACAUCAUUCUCUGAGAACCAGACUCUUAUGCCUUCUGGCCCUGGAUCCUGUGUUUGAAUGACAGGCAUUAGCUUGGUCUCUCUGUUCUUAAGUUGGGGAGAGCAGAGGGAGUGGCCACUUGGGUAAAACUUGAAAUAGAGACUUGCUAUUGCAGUGAGUUUAUAGAGACUUAAUCCUCUCGAGUCUCUAACCUUUGUCAGGGGAAAAGGCACAUGACUUAUCAAGGAUUUGAAUGGGUGCAGUCAAUGUGACUUUAAGCCUGUGUUUUCUGAAAUAAACAACAUAUAACUCCAAUUUUAAAAGUCCCCUAUAGGGGACUCUGGUAAAUGCUGACAUGACUGCUUUGUAAUGUUUAUGAUCCAGAAAAUACUGUUUCUAGCAGAAAGUCCUCGUUACUUUAGCACUGAAAAACUGGGAGGCAAAUCAUUCAUGUUUGGUUGGGAUAUCACACAGUAGGGCAGAGCAUAGACUUUCUCUAUGUGUGAGAGAGACACCUAACAAUUCACUGCUGUCUCACACCUGAAAGAUGCCCUGUUAGUGAAGGUAUGAUUACCAGGAAAGCAAUGUUCUCAGGAGCGCAGGACUUUUAACAAGGUAAAUGUGCCUCUUGGCUGGUACUCCACCCUGCGCUCCCUGGGAGACAGCAUCUGCAACCAGGAGAACUUGCCGGAUUUGCUCUCUCUCACCCAGGCGGGUGAAGGGAUGCUGCCAAAUCGGGGAGCCACGGAUUGUGUUGUCACUAAAGGGUCAGUGAGUCGGUUUCCUUUUCGUCAGGCAAAAUGGAUUCUGGAAAUAAUCAGCGUGUUGUCUCAGCAUUUGAUGAUAUAUUUUAAUUUUUCAAUUCAGUAUCCGAAGCAGCUGGUGGGACAUUCACAAUAGGUGGAUUUGUUCUGUGCUCAGAGCCACACUCAUAGCCUGUGAUUGAAAAACCGCCCUUUCAGAAAACGUGUGCUAGUCAGAAAGCAAUGGGUGGCAUCCUUUUUAAUCAGUGUAUAACUAUUAUAAAGCUACCUAUUCACAUACGCUUGGUUUUUGAUGAUUCCUGGUCUUAAGACUUGUAUCAUGAGAUGAAUCUUUAGUCUACAAAAUUUGUCAAGGAAGUGCCCCACUCAUUCACACCGUGUGAGCAAGUAUGUAGAACUCCUGUCCUGUUGCUUUCAAAAAUACCAUGUGGCUCCAAGCCUCAUAAAUGCUUUGUUGUGAUGAGUAUUUCUGGACUGUCUCUUAAACAUAUAAUAGUCUGAUUUUUCUCACAUUAAAAUAAAACACUUGCGAAACUUAGUUUUACUUUGCUGUGUUUUAAUUAACCUUCAACAGCUAUUAAAGUGGAGUGUAAGUUAAAUUUUAAGAAAAGGAGAUAAAUGCCUUUCGUGUUUCGUAUUGAUUUAUUUUCUGUAGGAGAGCAGCUUUUUGAGGUUUUUGUUGUGUGUGUGUUUUGUUUGGAUAGGUUUAUGGUUUGCAUGAAUUAAUAUUUAAGGUCAUUCAGGCAAAUGCAUGGCUUUUGUGUAAAUCCUCAUAUUCAUUUCUGUCUUAUGAAACUUUAUCAUGGCCUAAGUAGAAUUAAUGGACAAAUUAAUCGGUCCUCCACACAACUUUUUUUUUUUAAUAAA